AUGGCGUCUGUCGGGCCGAUCAAGUGCACGAAUCCAGGUUACGCAACGCGUUCGUUCUUCACGUCGCCGAGUAGCGACGUACAUGGGUCCGCUUUCAGAUCUGCUGUGCUCUCAAGUCGCCUCCAUUCCAACCACUUCCCAACCACCACCAUCACCAGUGGCAGCAGCAGCAGCAGCAUCAGCAGCAUCAGCAGCAUCAGCAGCUGCAAUCCUCUCUCCAUUCUUCCCCAAGCGGUUCUUCCCCUCGUCGCUCGCCACACCCCUCUCGCCUCCCACUCAUCUCCCUCAACCCUCCUCUCAAACUUCCUCCCCAUUGCACACUGCCGAGCCGAAUCAGCCUCGGAUCAGACCUCCCAGCCAUGGACUUACCAAGCCUCGCGCACUGGCUCGGGAACAGGUUUCCAAAAGGAGCAGAGCAACGGGAAGGGGAACGAAGCUUCCAGAACAGCAUCAGCAGCUUCUGAUGAUGACGAGGUUCGCGCUGACGUCAGCAGAUCUCCCAACGUCAUCACGGGACGAGUGGACGGAAAGCUCUACACCGUGAAGCUGAGAUCUCUCUACUCCGCCUUCUGUCCACGUGGCAUGCUGAUAAUGGCUAUUGCAGUGUUUCGGAAUAUGGGUGCUGAGCGGAUUGCUGCAGGGGCGGCGUGGCUGUCUCUUAGGGAGGUGAGUGGGCUUGUGCGGACUGCUGCAUUGGCGGCAUGGCUGUCGCUCAGAGAGGUGAGUGGGGUUGGUGCAUUUGGAGGCAAGAUGGCCGUGAUCUCAGUGCGCAGGGCGCUGGAGCACUUCUAUUUGGCUCGCUCCGUGUCUGUCCGGUGGCUGUGGAAGCUGACCAAGGACCCCACCCAGUCAGCCAUUCGCAAGGUUAACAGGGGUCUCACGGGCUCCACUUUAAUCAGAUCCGUUACAAUCACCAAUGUCAGAGCACACUUCCUGAGCCCACUAUCCAGUGUAGCGGUGCAGCUUAUAACGGAUACCUUCACCGCCUUCCACCGCCUGCUCUUCCCUCCACCGCCACCACCACAAGCGGGUCAGGGGCUCGCUAUAAGCUCUGUGAGGGCCGCAGGAGUGCAGAUCGUGUGGCUGGUAAAGCGGACGCUGAGCUAUUCGCUGAGACUCGUGUUCUCUACUGUCUCCGGAGCACUAGUGUCAGCUGUGUGUGUGCGAUACGUGGGAACCUGGACCACAAACUACGCCUACAUCCUGGGAGACAUGCUAGUCUUCCAGACUGCCUCAUCCCUCAUCGACCCUCUGCUCUUUACCGCCACCACUCCGGGGGAUGCUGCUGGGGCUCCUGGUGAGGGGGGGAUUGGGGGAGCUACUGCUGGUGAAGGUUCUACUGGGGAAGGUUUUACUGCAAGCACUGCUGCUUCUGCCGCGUCUGCUGGUGGUGCAGGAGAUUUUGCAAGGAACCUUUGA